AUGGGCAAGAUCAAGGUCUUUCCGACCCCCGAGUACAGCAGCAAGCAACCCCACGACCCAGUGGUACCCCGUCUGCCGUGCACUGGGAUCCUUCUAGGUCCCUCGAAAUCGGGCAAGACUGUUGCCUUGAUUUCCAUGAUUCUGGAUCAGUACAGAGGCUGCUUCGAGCGAAUCUACAUUUUCAGCCCUAGCAUCAACGUGGAUGACGGCUGGCGACCCGUCAAGAGGUACAUCGAAGAGGAGAUGAGGGUCAACACCGACAGGGAGCAAGUGUACUUCGAAAACUGGGACGAAGCAGGUCUCCGCCACAUCAUAGACCAGCAGCGCAAGGUCACGCAGGUCUCCAAAGAGAUGAGGAUGAAGCGGCUUUACCAGAUUCUGAUUUUGAUUGAUGACUUUGCGGAUAGCCCGCACCUCCACAAGCGGACAGGCGACGCAGCGCUGGAUACGCUGUUCGUGCGCGGCCGCCACUUUCAGAUCAGCACCUGGGUCAGCACCCAAAAGCUGCGCCUCGUAAGCAACGCCGUGCGCGUCAACGCACAGUUCUUCUGCGUCUGGCGCCUCCGCAACCAGCUGGACCUCGACAGCCUGCUGGAGGAGCUCACGGCGCUGUUGCCGAAGAGGGAGCUCGAGGCCAUCUACGAGGAGGCGGUCCGCGAGCCCUACAGCUUCCUCUACAUUUAUCUGCUGAAUGCGCGGGAUCAGAUGUUCCACGCGCUGGGGGUGGUCUUCGGGAAGCUCCUGGGCAGUAGCACCUUCUGCCAGAGCGAGUGCAAGAACAUCAGCUGCUGCAGCAACGACGGGCGAGUCUACGACCCCUCAAGACCGCCCUGGAUGCAGCCGCCGCCGGUGGACGUUCUGGAUCUGCGCGGCUGGCCGCCGGUCAUGCCCCGCAAGAUCACCGACGGGAGCGACGACGCCGACCUGCCUAGACCGCGCGAGAGGCUGUUCGCACAUAAGAAACUCAAGCUGAUGACCUCGAUCUGGGUGGACAGCCGCCUGCGCGUGGGAGGCACCGACGCGGACUUCGAGUUCGACAUCGGGCAGACGGUGCACCUGCAGGGCUCCGCGCAGCUCAGCGUCUUCAAGAUCAGGGUGGCCGACACCUUCCUGAGCACGGACCGCGGCACCUACAUGUACUGGAGGGACACGGCGCUGGGCACCCUUAACUGGGCGCAGCUGCCAGUGGGAGCUUACACGGGUGUCCGCCUGGCGGCCUGGGUCAGCAGCAAUUUUGCCUCCGCCACCUACGUGGAGGCCACCAACGAGAUCACCGUGGCCUACGACGGGAACAGGGUCAUCCUGAACGACCAGGAGCUGCGCGCGGAGUUCCCGAACGCGGUUGACUACCCCAGGGAGCCACGCCCGUUAACCGACGUAAACGGUCAAGUGGUCAACCUCCGUGGCACCAGCAUCAGCUUCUGCAUCUACCUGGACGACAAGCGCUGA